AUGUCGCCGUGCCCAACCUCUCACCUCUGCCUGCUGGUCCUGCCGGUGAUGUCACUGCUGCUGCUCCUCUCUCCUAUUGGUUGGACCUACGACAGCCUCACUCCAGGGUGUCACUUAUACCCCUUCAACGUGACCAUCCGCAGUGACCGGCGUGGCACAUGUAAAGGCACCCAUCUGGUCUACGCCUGCGUGGGCUACUGUGAGUCCAGCGCCUUCCCGUCCAGAUACUCCGUGCUGGUGGCCUCCAACUUCACCCACAACAUCACCUCCGCUUCACGAUGCUGCACCAUCAGCAAGGAAGCCAAGGUCAAAGUUCGCCUGGACUGUCCCCGGGGCCGUCACCAUGACGACAUAGAAAUCUUGACGGCGAAGGCAUGUCGCUGCGACAUGUGCCGCAAGUCUCGCUACUGA